AGGGCUAUUUUUAAUUCAUAUAGUCCAUGGAAUUUUUGAACCUUUUCGUUUAUUAAAUUUAUUAAAUGAUUGAAAAGGGUGAGUCCGCUCGUCCGAUUCAACUCACUCCAUUUUCAUCCUGUGUGGUACCACUAACCACACCACAUUUUCUUGUCAAAAACAGUGGUGAGCUAAAUUGAAUUGAAGGCUCAGACUCCCUCCUAUCGAUUUCAUAAAAGCAACGGGAAGAUAGAAGAUAUUGAUGGGUACGUUGGGGAAAGCAAUCUACACAGUGGGAUUCUGGAUCCGGGAAACGGGUCAAGCCAUUGAUCGUUUGGGUUGUCGCCUCCAAGGCAACUACUAUUUCCAUGAGCACCUGUCAAGGCAUAGAACUCUUAUGAACUUGUUUAACAAAGUACCAAUGGUUGAUAAAGAUGCUUUUGUGGCCCCCAGUGCAUCUCUAAUCGGUGAUGUUCAUGUUGGACGUAAUGCUUCUAUUUGGUAUGGAUGUGUUCUACGAGGUGAUGUGAACAGUAUUAGUAUUGGAGUGGGAAGCAAUAUCCAGGACAAUUCCCUUGUUCAUGUAGCCAAAUCAAAUUUAUUUGGAAAGGUUUUGCCAACAAUUAUUGGCAACAAUGUUACUGUAGGUCAUAGUGCUGUGUUACAUGGAUGUACUGUUGAAGAUGAGACAUUUGUUGGUAUGGGUGCAACUCUGCUUGAUGGAGCUGUUGUGGAGAAAAAUGCAAUGGUCGCUGCUGGUGCCCUUGUCAGGCAGAAUACGAGGAUUCCUUGUGGAGAGAUCUGGGGAGGAAAUCCAGCUAGGUUUCUGAGGAAGCUCACACAAGAAGAAAUUGCUUUUAUCUCAGAGUCAGCAGCCAACUAUUCUAAUUUAGCACAGGUUCAUGCUGGUGAAAAUGCAAAAAGCUUUGAUGCGAUUGAAUUUGAUAAGGCGUUGCGGAAGAAAUUUGCUCGCAAAGACGAGGAGUAUGAUUCUAUGUUGGGUGUUGUCCGUGAAACACCUCCUGAGCUCGUCCUGCCUGAUAAUAUCCAGGCACCAAAGGCCACUUAAGUGUGGAUCCAAGUUGAUUAUCUCUUGGAUUUUGUGGUGUUGGCCAAUUUCUUUUUUCGUUGGGCUGAAAAAAAGGAAAUUACCCACGUUUCAUUUUCAAUAAUUAAAGUCAGGCUGGAACACAAAGAUUUUGUCCUGGUUUCCGGCUCUUGCAUUGCCUGUGCUGAUCCUGUCACCGAUUAGAAGCUUUGAUUGUGGAUCAAGUACCAAUUGUACCGUAGAGCAGAUGGUUGUUUUUUUUCAAUAAUCAAUUUGAAGCCAGCAGAUUUUCCUCCUCAAUCUCAUUUUCCUCAUAGAUAAAUAAUCUACCAUUUUUUUUGUAAGAAAAAGCAAAGCAGGCAGUCCCGUUUGGUCGAUGGAGUUAUACCCCCUGCUACACAUGAUAUAACCGAAUAUUGCAAAUCGAGAAGGUUGACUUCUGCGUUGCUUUGGCA